AUGAGUGGGAGGCUGCUAUCGGCGAGGCUUCUGCCCGCAGCUCAACGUAUCAACUCGCAAUCUGCCAGACAUUUCCAUCAUAAUGCGGUAUCUACUGCUGGUGGUCUACUCAGAUCAGAAUCCGCCGUUCGUAUUGCAAGAGGAAGAUUAUGGCCGGCAGGACAUACACCAUUCUCUAAUGCUGUAGUCGUUCGAAAUGCUUCAUUUGUUCGCAUCCUACCAAACAUAUUGUUGAAGUUUGCAAGAAUACCUGCUCUUUUCGCCGGAGUGACUGUUGGUGGUUUAGCAUAUAUUCAAUACCAGGCCACCCAGGCUGGUAAUUAUGUUGCAGACAUCUUCAACUCAACGACGAAUACUGUGUCUGGAGUAGCAGGUGGUUUGUUCGGCAGUGCAAAAGAUAUUGCAAGUCAAACGCGAGAAGGAUGGGAGAAAACAAAAGAAUCUGUUGAGUUGCCGGAGUGGAUGCAAAAGGUGUUACGGAUUCAUGAAGAGAUUGGGGAAGGAAGUGGUGGAGGUGGGGCUGCAGGAGGAAGUGCUGCCGCCUACGGAUAUGAUCAAUAUUCAGAAGACGAUAGAUCUCCUGCAGUUGCUGCCCGAGAUGAUCAAAUGAUGGUUUUGACCAAAAAAAUGAUUGAGAUCAGAACUAUAUUGCAGACUGUGGGACAGUCAAACGCUCUUACUUUACCAUCAAUUGUGGUUAUUGGUUCACAAUCAUCGGGGAAAAGCUCUGUGCUAGAAGCAAUCGUAGGACAUGAAUUCCUACCAAAGGGUUCAAAUAUGGUUACACGACGACCCAUAGAGUUAACCCUCGUCAACACCCCUGAUUCACAGGCGGAAUAUGGAGAAUUUCCCGCUCUUGGUCUAGGAAAGAUUACCGACUUCUCGCAUAUCCAGAGGACAUUGACGGAAUUGAAUUUGGCCGUUCCUGACACAGAAUGUGUUUCCGAUGACCCAAUUCAGUUGACCAUCUCGUCACCCCAUGUUCCUGACUUAUCCCUCAUCGAUCUUCCUGGAUAUAUCCAGGUUGUUGGUGAAGAUCAACCUGCGCAACUGAAGCAGAAAAUAGCCGAUUUGUGUGACAAGUACAUUCAACCUCCUAAUGUUAUUCUUGCUAUUUCUGCUGCAGACGUGGAUUUAGCCAACUCAACUGCUUUACGAGCAAGCCGAAGAGUUGAUCCACGAGGUGAACGUACUAUUGGCGUCAUCACAAAGAUGGACCUUGUCGAUCCUGCUAGAGGAGUCUCCAUCCUCAAUGAUCGAAAAUACCCCUUAAGGCUCGGUUACGUUGGUGUUGUGUCACGAGCACCACAACAAUCACAAACUAGAUCAUUGUUCAAAGCAGGAAAUGGAAGCAUCUCGGAAGCCAUCAUCAAGAAUGAGCACGCAUUCUUCUCAUCUCAUCCUGUGGAGUAUGGACCUGAUGCUGGCCUAAAUGUUGGUACUACCACUCUCCGUAAGAAGCUUAUGCAUGUACUCGAACAAACCAUGGCGGCGAGUCUUCAAACUACUAGUGAUGCCAUCCACCAAGAGCUUGAAGAAGCGACUUAUGAGUUCAAGGUUCAAUAUAACGACCGACCUCUGUCUGCAGAAUCUUACCUUGCCGAGAGCCUCGACGCUUUCAAGCAUUCAUUCAAGGAAUUUGCCGAAACUUUUGGACGACCACAAGUUCGUGAGAUGCUAAAAGAAGAGCUUGAUCAACGAGUGUUAGAUCUUUUAGCAGCACGUUACUGGAACAGACCUAUCUCGGAUCUUUCACCUUCAUCACCAGAACCUAAUACCCUAGCCGAGCUCCCAACAGCUGACCCAGACUCCCUAUUCUGGCACCGUAAACUCGAUGCCUCUACUUCUGCCCUCACGAAACUUGGUAUUGGCCGUCUUGCAACUCAAGUUGUAGCCAAUGCAAUUCAAAGCCAUGUUGAUCGGUUAAUAUCUCAAUCGACGUUCGCUGCUCACCCAUUUGCUCGUCAAGCUAUCACCGAUGCUGCAGCUGGCAUUUUGAAUGAGAGGUUCUAUAGUACAAGUGAUCAAGUUGAGAACUGUAUAAAGCCAUAUAAGUUUGAAAUCGAUGUUGAAGAUAGUGAAUGGUCACGAGGCAGAGAAAAUGUCACCUCUGUGUUGAAGAAUGAACUCAAAGCUUGUGAAGAUGCAUCUAAGAAUUUGGAGCAACAUGUUGGUGGAAGAAAGAAGUUAAGAGAUGUGAUGAGUUUUGUGGAUAAAGCUAGAAAGGGUGAAAUUAUUGUUGAUGGUGACGCUAGUGGUGCUGGUGGAUUCAGUUCUGCUUUAUUGCAAAAAGGUCGUGAAGCGGUCUUCCUCCGCGAUCGCUCCACCCUUCUUGCUCUCCGACUCAAAGCCCUCAAAUCCACCCAAUGUGCCUCCCUCAAAAACAAGUACUAUUGUCCCGAAGUCUUCCUCGACGUCGUCUCCACCAAACUCACUUCAACUGCUGUUCUCUUUUUAAACGUCGAACUUCUCUCCGAAUUCUUCUACCAAUUCCCUAGAGAAUUGGAUCAAAGGUUAGGCAGAGGUUUAACAAAAGAAGAAGUUGAGAAAUUUGCGAGAGAGGAUAAGAAGGUUGAGAGACAUCUAGAAGUUAUUAGGAGGAAAGAGUUAUUGGAGUUGGUCUUGGGGAAAAUGGAAGGGUUGAGGGAUUUACGCGAGUUGGAUAAUGGGGAAGCGAGGAGACCUCAGAGGGGACCCAAGAAUGGGAGAGGAGGACCUGGAAAGGAGGGUGUGAGGGGCCCUGGUGGGAAAGAAAAUGGAAGGGGUGGAUGGAGUUUGUUUUAG